AUGAAGCUAUCUCAUGUACCAAGUGGCGCUUAUUACAUUUCCAAGUUGAAUUUGACACCCUCGCAGUGCUGUACUAGCUCGCCGGACGUAAAUGCGCGUCAGCUUAAGGAACUCACUGGUUUUACUGCUGCGAUUCUUGAUGAUCACAGUUCAGGACUAACGCGAGUGGUUAAUAGUGUGGAUAAGGUGGAUGAUAUCAAUAUGAAGAGCAAGCAUGCAGUAGUGUACAGAGCUAUACAAGAGGUGAAAGCUAGUCUGACUGUGAGCCCUGAAGUUGAAUACAGUCUAUUACCAGGGUUCAUGGAAGCUUUCGCUGAGGCAAACCCUGGAUCACGAGUGUGUCUCGAGUUGGACUCGCGAAACAGCCUCGUGCGCAUACAAGAUGCAAUAUUGCCUGUCUGGGAGGUUGAUGAACGCACAUGA